AUGGUGUUUAGUGAUAAUUUCACGCAAAAAUGGGAGAGUGAUGGCGCCGCACUAGCUAUCUAUGUGAAUGGAGAAAAAGUGGUUGAUUUAUGGGGUGGCUAUUCCGACUCGUUGUCGUACAGAAAAUGGCGCAACGAUACAAUGACAUUGCUAUUCAGUUCUACAAAGAGUGUUUGUGCAAUUUGCUUUGCAAUGCUGGUUGAUCGUGGUCUGGUAGCGUACGAUGAUUUGGUCACCAAGUACUGGCCUGAAUUUGGACAAUACGGAAAGGAAAACAUCACCAUUGAAAUGUUACUAUCGCAUCAAGCUGGGCUGGCAUAUAUUGAUGGUGCUGUAGAAGAAAAAGAUGUCAAAGACUGGACAAGACUGUCAAAGCUUUUCGAGAAUCAAGCACCAAACUGGACACCCGGGCAAUGCCUUGGUUAUCACGGAUAUACUUUGGGCUUUCUGAUCGAUCAGCUAAUCCGGAGAAUUGAUUUGAACAAAAGAUCACUGGUGCAGUUUUUCAAAGAUGAAGUUGUCGGCCCCUACGGUAAAUUAUUUUCACUACAGUUAUUUUGA